AUGGCCAGGUUCCUAUCUCUCGCGCUUUUGGCUGUCCUCGUCGUUGGGUUAAUUACUCCCCUGGAGGCAGCGCCGAAGAUGUCGCUGUACGAGAAGAACCUGAACGACGUGAUCACCGUCGUCAAGGCGAAGCCCGGUUACAAGGCUUUCGCAUCACUCGUCGGCGCAAUUCUCAAACAAUCCCAGCUGAAGAGUCUCGUCCAGCAAAACCUGACCAUCUUCGUUCCCAACGACAAGGCUCUUAACGACUUCAACCUCACCCAGUACGCCACCGCCGACCUCCUUAAGGUCGUCAAGUACCACGCCGUCAAGGGCACGUACACCUUCGCGCAGCUGCAGGCGCUCGCCGCAUCUGGCGGCAAGCUCCAGACGACCUUCGGAAUGCCGAUCUCCCUCACCCCGACGAAGAAGGGCAUCGGCAUGUUCGGCAUGGAGAAGAUCGGCGCCGCUGUCCUCGAUAAGGACAUCUCCAUUAAGCCGACGGUGGUUGCGCAGGGAAUCUCCCGGGUGCUUAAGCCCAAGGGGUUCGUUAUUAAGGGCGCGAGCGCGGCUCCCCCGGCUUCCAAGUCACCCGCGAAUAACGACGACGACGAUUCGCCACGAGCUGCGCGGAAUACCGCGGUGGAGGUUGACGGCGGAAGCGGCGAAAGCGGCGGAAUCGAACCGAAUGGCAGCGCGGCGGGAGACCAACGGGGAUGCGCGCACGGGGGGGAAGCGGGGGAGGCGGAGGAGGCGGAUGAGGGAAUGGAGUAUGCGGAGAGGCGACACAAAUUUCCCGGGGGACAGGAGCUGCUUAUAAGGGAGUUCUCCUUCCAUCCAGUCAACGCCAACCUGCUCUGGCCUGGCGCCAUGUCGUUCGCUGAUUGGCUGGCCGCCCGGCCGCAAGUAUUGGCCGGUGCAAGAGUCUUGGAGAUUGGGAGUGGGACAGGUGCGCUGGCCAUCUUUCUGAGCAAGGCCAUGGGGUGUGACAUCACCACGUGUGACUAUAACGAUGCCAGCAUUGCAGCCAACAUUCACCACAACUGCUUGGCCAAUAGCAUCGAACCCCUGCCUCACAUUCGACACACAUGGGGAGAACCGUUUCCCAUCAGCCAGCCAUCGUGGGAUGUCAUCAUUGCCAGUGACGUUCUGCUUUAUGUGAAAGAGUAUCCCAAUCUCGUCAAGACCCUCCGCUUCCUCCUCUUUGGCGCUCUGAAGUCCUCCCAGACCGUACAAGGCAAAGCCUCUCGAGUGCAGAAGCAGCAGCGCUAUAGGGAGCAGGCGCCUGCUGAUGUGGCGCUGACACGGCCGUGUUUCGUGAUGAGCUGGCGCAGGAGAAUCCCGAGGGAAGAUGAGGAGGGGUUCUUCAGGUUGUGUGAGGAGGCGGGGAUGAGUGUGGUUGAUCUCGGCUCUAGAGUGUUUUGUAUUGCUCCAAUUGCUAGUGAUUGA